AAUUCUCUAUUAUUAUUCUUCAGUUCGUCUCAUUUCUCUUUUGAUAUUCCAUUUUUUCCUGCUUCUUCGUCCCCAGUAUCGUUGUAUACGCUCCCACUGUCGCCGAUACCCUCGUUCAAGCCACUUAUAGACGAUAGAUUCACCUAUCUCCACUCUUCAUCCACGUCGACAUUGAAGAAUUUAAGCAACGAACAACGUGUACUGCUCGCCUAGAACAAUGGUCCCUUUAUCAGUCUCCGCCACUGCCUUCUUCCUUGCUUCACACCUUCUCAUUUUCCUCCCACAGGCUUCAGCUUCACCGUCACCGAUAGAUGUGGCUGGCGCGAGCGAAGCUUCGGUGAUUUUAGAUCACGUCGGUCGAGAUCCGGUGGAGCGAGCGGUGCUAGGAUCGGCGACUACCUUGAGCAAGCGAGCGAGUGGCUAUACAAAUCCAGAAGACAAUGGAGGGUAUAUGUUGACAAUCGUGAAUGGUACAUAUCCAGCUGGUAUGGGUGAACCACUCAACGUAAUUUUGUCUGGCGAUUCUGAUGCCGAGGUGCUCGUCAAAUCUGCCGAUGAUGGUGGCUUUCUCAACUAUAUGCUCUCGGCGGGUCUCGGCGAAGAAUGCUUGGGUCAACAUUUAGGUGCUGACCAACAAGCAAACCUUGGUGACGAUCAAGGGAAUGUGACAGAAGUUGAGGAACUGAGAUACAACUAUGGCAACCCGUACAUUGGAACGUGUCAGGAGACAUUCAACGGAGGAUUGCAUUUGAGAUACUGGAUUCAAAAUACAACCGGCGCGUACUUUAUGGCCGUGUCAGUGGAAAAAUCCUUGACGGAAGGACAUGAUAUCGUUGUUAAUGGGUACAAUAUUGGCCGAGACGAGCUUGUCGGUAAUUUGACUGGUCAGAGCAUCGACACCCGAACUCUCUCAAAUACUUCUACACUGUCUGGUUCUGCGACGUACAACAAUUAUACGUACCAGACAGAUGUAGAGUACGUCCCAGGAUUAUUGGAAAACUCGAGUGAUGGUAUCAAUCACUAUUUGACCGUUGAGGAAGACGGCUAUCCUGCUAUUGACGGUUUGGUCGCUGUGUUGACAGUGAGAAUUACCGAUCGGCCUGCAUCCAGCAGCUUUGCCUUCCCUACUUUGUCAAUAACACCUGUUGCCCUUCUUGUGCCGCUUCUUAGUGCUAUCUUGACCCUUUUUUAACCCCCAUAUUGCUUUAUCUCCCUCUGAUGGUGGUUUUUUUUUGCUUGGAUUGAAUGACCAAUAUCUAUCCGCUCGAUUCUCAAUCCCAUUACCUCUGUCCAUCUUACGUUUUUGCCACUUGACGCUAUACGUGAAAGACGAAACCACUUGUAGAUUGUAGUACGAUGUCAUUUCAUAGAUUUUUCUCCUUGACAUAUAGAUGCGUGUUAAGACAGCCGGUUUUUUUUAGUGUGGAUACUGGGGGUGCAUGGCUUUAUGUACGUAGAU